UUUCUUGGUACUGUAAGAUUGAAGUAGUUCGCCUCUGUAGCGAUUUUCUUCGUCUUGCAUUGAAACAUCAGUGGUGAAUUUGUUCUUUUUUUGCAAAGCAUCAAAACACAAAUCUAGUCAACAAUGGCCUCGUACGGAUCGUGGAUGGCGCAAUCGGUCGCCGGAAACCUAACUGUGGUGGACAAGGUUCCCGCGGAUAUGCUGCACAUGGUGGACGCCCAUUGGUACCAGUUCCCGCCGAUGAACCCACUGUGGCACUCGUUGCUGGGAUUUGCCAUCGCCAUCCUCGCCUUAAUAUCCGUGGUCGGCAACGGAAUGGUCAUGUACAUCUUCACCAACACCAGGACGCUCCGGACCCCAUCCAACCUGCUAGUGGUCAAUCUAGCCUUCUCUGACUUCCUGAUGAUGUUUACUAUGGGACCGCCGAUGGUGAUCAAUUGCUACAACGAGACCUGGGUCUUCGGGCCACUCGCUUGCCAGGUCUACGGUAUGUUUGGAUCACUGUUCGGCUGUGUCUCGAUCUGGACCAUGACUCUGAUCGCGUUCGACCGUUACAAUGUCAUCGUCAAGGGCCUCUCUGCUAAGCCUCUGACCAACAACGGUGCUCUGACUCGCAUCCUUGGUGUGUGGGUAGCUUGUCUUGCCUGGACCUUGGCCCCAUUAGUCGGCUGGAACCGAUACGUUCCAGAGGGUAACAUGAGCGCUUGUGGAACUGACUAUCUCACCGAUACCUGGAGCAGCCGGUCGUACAUCUUGGUGUACUCGUUCUUCGUCUACUUCGCCCCGUUACUGAUGAUCAUCUACUCGUACAUCUUUAUCAUCAAGGCCGUGUCUGCCCAUGAAAAGAACAUGCGCGAACAGGCCAAGAAGAUGAACGUUGCCUCGUUGCGAUCGUCCGAAGCCCAGAACACCAGCACCGAAAUGAAACUGGCCAAGGUCGCUUUGGUCACUAUCUCACUGUGGUUCAUGGCAUGGACUCCGUAUCUGAUCAUCAACUACAUGGGUAUCUUCAAGGCCUCGCCUAUCAGCCCUCUGGCCACUAUCUGGGGAUCGCUGUUUGCCAAAGCCAAUGCCGUGUACAACCCGAUCGUGUACGGUAUCAGCCAUCCGAAGUAUCGAGCUGCGCUGUACAAGGAGUUCCCAACGCUGUCCUGCACGGAUGCCGCCGAUGAUUCCCAGUCGAUGGCCUCCGAGGGUACCGCCGUUGUUAUGAGUGAAAAGCCUGCCGCCUAACGCUUGGUUGA